AUGCAGAUGAACAAUAAUCCAUCGUGUAUUUAUGGAAAUGCAGGAUCUCCGACUAACAUGCAACCGACGUAUACGAAUCUUUCCUACACACCACCACUUCCAGGAAUGGGAGGCCAUGCACAGCCAGUUUCCAAGGAUUUUGAUACGUCACUCUGCACCUCUACACAGCAUCAGAUGACCACUUCCACAUUAACACCACUUCCGGGAGAAAAGGAGAAAACCACGUCAGUGUCCUCGGACUCCGGGGAGUGUCAGCUACUCAAACAACGACAAAAACGCAAACCAAGAGUGUUGUUUUCACAGGCUCAAGUUUACGAAUUAGAGCGAAGAUUCAAACAACAACGAUAUUUAUCAGCACCAGAACGUGAACAAUUAGCCAGUAUGUUAAAACUUACUCCAACUCAAGUUAAAAUUUGGUUUCAAAAUAGGAGAUAUAAGUGUAAGCGUCAACGUCAGGAUAAAUCGUUAGAGUUGUCUGCCCUUCAACCACCGCGACGUGUCGCUGUGCCAGUUUUAGUGCGGGACGGUAAACCAUGUAUGCCUGGACAAAAUAUACCGCAAUCAUAUUCUGCGCCUUACAAUGUAAAUCCCUUCGCAUACUCGUCGCAAUCAUAUAAUAACCACAUGGCGCCUAAUGUUAAUCAUCAGAUGCAACAAAAUGGAUAUGUUCAACAACAAAUACAUCAAGGAAUACGCGCUUGGUAG